AUGGCGACUACAACACCAGGCACUGAUUUCCUGGCACCAGGAUCACCACCAGCCCAAGAAAUUAAGUCCGCCGAGGAUCUUGAAUCACAAUCCCACGAAGAUUCCCAAGGAACCGAGCCUACACAAGAGGAAGACCUGGGCUACCACGACAACUCCAAUGUCCCACACCUCGGAUAUCUGAAGCUUUUCUGGUUCUUCUUCUACAACUUUGGUCUUUUCGCCUGGGGUGGUCCAGUCGCACAGAUUGUUUUGAUAAAAGAGCGGCUGGUAAUCAAGGAGAAAUGGAUAACACUCGCACGGUUUCAACGAGUUUUUGCCGUCUACCAGAUUCUUCCCGGUCCUGAAGCGGCGGAAUUGUGUAUGUUUUUUGGAUGUUUGUCCGCCGGUAGAAUCGGCGGUAUAAUCGCUGGGCUUGGGUUUAUCCUACCGGGGUUCUUAUUGAUGUUGUUGGCGAGUUAUCUCUACUCGCUAGCGGGUUUCGAUAACGUAUACUUCAAUGCUUCUUUUCGGGGUGUCCAGCCAUUAGUUGCGGCAAUGGUACGCCCCUCCCCCUCCCCCUCCGUCUCCGCGUCUCAAGUUAACAACGUACAGAUCCUCCGGGCGGCCCACAAAAUCGCCGACCAUUGUAUCGUCGAUCACACCACGAAAAAAGUUAACCCGUACUUGAUCAUCGCUGGCCUCUGCACCGCCCUUAACACCGCCUUGCGAAUAAACAUCUUCAUCUCACUGGCCUUCUAUGGUCUCCUCUACGCCCUUAUAUGCCAACCACGCAUGCUCCUCCCCUCCGCCUUCAUCUUCAUCCUCCAAUACGUCGCGUAUGCCGUCUAUGUCGUGUUCCGCGGUGUACCCUCACCCGUAUCCCUCGCCUUGGGAAUUGCGCAAACUCCCUCGUUGAUAAACCUCUUCGUCCUCGGUCUCGUGGCCGGAAGUCUAUCAUUUGGCGGGGCGUAUACCGCUAUUCCGUUUGUUCAGGUGGAAGCGGUACUGAAGGGUGGCUGGUUAGCGCAGAGCGUGUUUAUAGACUGCAUCGCUAUAGGAAACGUUCUUCCCGCGCCAUUGGUUAUCUUUGCAACAUUCGUCGGAUUUCAGGGCGGUCUUGCAGAUGGAAAGGGUAUUGGAGGGGCAUUUGCCGGCGCUAUAGUCAUCACCUUGGGAAUGUUCUUCCCAUGCUUCCUCUUCACGGUCGCAGGGCAUGAGCUCCUGGAAAAGCUGGUCCGGAACAAAUUUCUCUCCAAGUUUUUCGAUGGACUGUGUGCCGCAGUGGUGGGUGUGAUUGCGGUUAUCGCAGUGGAGAUAUUGCAGUUCGCUGUUGGUGGAAAGGACGAGGCGGAUGUGGGGGAUGGCAGCGCUAUUGUUGAAGAGGAUCUGAGGGUGGUAUUGAAGAAAGCGGGCAUGGCGGCCACGGCGGCGGUGCUGUACGUCGUGGGGUUGGCGGUUUUGUACAAGAUUUUGAACAAGUGGACCCCGUUGUUGUUAUUAGCCACUGGAGCCAUUGCGGGGCAGUUUCUAUUUGUU